UCAUCUGCUGAAUUAUCUUGAAUCAUCCUUUUUCCAAUCCACCUUUAAAUUAUUUUAAAUUGAGGCUCCAAUUGAAACCAACAAUUUAGUAACUAUCUUUCAAAUUGUUCUGUAACGAUUUGAUUAUGGUUCGAAACCCGUAACCAAUGGUUCUCACCCCUCGUUGAAAAUCUUUAGCAAGUUGAUAAACAUGAUCUUUCUUCUACUUCCAAGCUCUCUGUACAGGCCACUCGUAGUCGUAGCCAAUCCCAAUCUCUCACACACAACCAGACUUUGUAAAUUAGAAAUUGGUGAACGAAACUUGCCAAUUUUAAGCUUAUAUUUCUCUAUUUCCUUGUAAUUUCUCACGAAAAAGGAGAACGAUGACAUGCUGUGCGGCGUUUGGAAACCGGAUAACCAUAUACAAUCCUCUCCCAGAGAUUAAAUUAUUCAGGAUUAGGAGUAGUAGCAGUGUUAGAUUGAACAAGUAUUAUGGAGGUUACAGUUUCCCCAAGCAAAUUUUCUGUUCCAACGUUUUCCCACCUCAAAACAACUAUUUGGAGCUGAAGAAACUUGGGGUUCACUAUGACAGUCUCAGAAUCUUGGAAUGGGAUAAGCUCUGCGAUUUGGUCUCCUCCUUCGCCGGCACUUCCUUGGGUCGUGAAGCCUCCAAGCUGCAAUUAUGGUCCUUGAAUAAGAGCUAUAAGGAAAGUUUGAUGCUUUUGCAAGAAACAAAUGCGGCUGUGGAAAUGCACAAGCACGGUGCUUGCCGCUUGGACUUCACUGGCAUCGAUCUUCUUCUGGUGAAAUCAGCUAUUGGACAUGCUUGGAGGGGUUUACCACUCGGUGCAAAUGAAGCAAUGGCUGUUAAAGCUAUGUUAGAGCUUGCUGAUUGUUUGCGGCUUAAUCUUGAAGCUGCAAUCAAGGAAGACGCUGAUUGGUACAAUCGCUUUAUGCCUCUUUCCCAAAUGAUAAUGGAACUGGUUAUAAAUCGAUCAUUAGUUAGGAUGAUACAGCAAGUUAUAGAUGAAGAUGGCUCUGUCAAAGACUCUGCUAGUCCUGCCCUGAGAAGAUCACGUGAUCAAGUACGGAUACUUGAAAAAAAGUUAUAUCAGUUAUUGGACAGCAUAAUUAGGAAGGAUAUGAAAGAAGCAUCAUUUCUGGAAGCAACUAAUGUUGACGGCAGAUGGUGUAUAAAAUCAGGGACUAAUCAGCUGACAAGUUUCAAGGGCCUACUGUUGUCAAGUGAUUCAGGCACAGGAAGCAUUUUAGAACCACUCUCAGCUGUUCCUUUGAAUGAUGAGUUACAAAGAACAAGAGCAUCAGUGGCAAAGGCAGAGACAGAUGUGCUUUUGGUGUUGACAGAAAAGAUGCAAAAGGAUCUUGAUGACAUUGAAAAAGUAUUGAAAAACGUAAUUCAACUAGAUGUGAUCAAUGCCCGAGCAACUUAUAGUAUUUCAUUUGAAGGUGCAUGCCCUGAUUUAUAUCUGCCGGAAGACAUUGAUGGAUCCUUCUCUGCUGAAUCAUCAGAGAAGAAAGCUUCAAAGGCACCAUACGCCUUUAAGAGAGAGUGGCUAUUGUAUAUACCCAAAGCUUAUCAUCCUUUAUUACUUCAGCAGCAUCGACAAAAUUUGCAGAAGGCGGAGAAGGAUGCCAAAAAUGCUGCUGCUGUUUCUGCAGUGGAACAAGUUCAUCCAGUUCCAAUUGAUCUUUUUAUUGCCCAGAAAACGAGAGUCCUGGUUAUAACCGGUCCUAAUACAGGGGGAAAAACCAUUUGCUUAAAGACUGUUGGAUUGACUGCUAUGAUGGGCAAAUCAGGUCUUUAUGUUUUGUCUUCUGAAUCUGCACGACUUCCUUGGUUUGAUUACAUUUUAGCUGAUAUUGGCGAUGAGCAGUCGUUGUCCCAAUCUUUAUCUACAUUCUCUGGCCAUUUGAAACAAAUAAGUGACAUUCGGUCUCAGUCAACAAAUCAGUCACUGGUGCUACUGGAUGAAGUUGGUGCAGGGACAAAUCCGCUUGAAGGAGCUGCACUGGGGAUGUCACUGCUGGAAUCAUUUGCUGACGGUGGUGCUUUAUUGACAAUAGCUACAACGCAUCAUGGUGAACUUAAAUCCCUGAAAUACAGUAAUGGCACCUUUGAAAAUGCUUGCAUGGAGUUUGAUGAAGUGAAUCUAAAGCCAACUUACAGGAUUCUUUGGGGAAUACCAGGUCGUUCAAAUGCCAUCAACAUAUCUGAAAAGUUGGGACUGCCGGGCAUAGUUAUUAGUAAUGCUCGAGAAUUAUAUGGUGCUGCUAGUGCAGAGAUUAAUGAGGUCAUAAUUGAUAUGGAAAGAUUCAAGCAAGAUUUUCAAGAGCUUUUAGAUGAGGCACAACUUCAUCUGAUGCUCUCAAGAAAUCUUCAUGAAAAACUAUUGCUGGCCGGAAGGAAGAUUGUGGAGCAUGGUUCUGGUCAAAGACACUGGAAGAUGCAAGAAAUCUCCAAGGCUGCUGCUGUGGCACGAUCUACCCUUCACAAGAAAGUGCGGCAACUUCGUGCAUACUUAGCAAAACCUUCUGAGCCCCCUACAGCCAAUAAAAGAAAACUUUUGACAAGUGACCAAUGUCCUACAGUUGAUAAUAGUGGAAAUACCACAGCAAGUAGAAGUUUAUCUGCAGUUGAAAUUAGAACACAAUCACCAUCAGUAAGGACUGAGCUUCCUCAGGUUGGUGAUACAGUGUAUGUUUCAUCCCUAGGAAGAAAAGCAACAGUUUUGAGAGUGGAUCAAUCUAAAGAAGAAAUAGUAGUUCAAGCUGGCAACAUGAAGUUGAAAUUGAAAUUAAUGGAUAUUGGGACUUGAAUGGUAAGAAAUAAGCUGACAUGUCUGUCUGCCUAGUUAAGUUGGUCCAUAACUAUGUUACUUGAUUCAGAGACGAAUAUAUGAUAUGGGCAUGUGUCCAGGAGUCAGAGUUGGCUGCUUUCUGAAAUCUUCAUAGAUUAGUUCAGUGAAUUUUUACAUCUUUACAUUGGUGUAUAAGUAGUAGCUUAUGAAUACCGGUAUGGAUGUUGCUCCAGCUUUUUUUUUCUAAGUACUUAAAAUGUUAUUUGUAUGUUUGUGUGCUUGUAUAUUACUGUUUUUUCUUUUUGUAGACUUGUAUGCCAAACCCUGGGAAGAAGGGAUUUUGUUGAACAACAUUGCGACAUCAUCUUUAGGCAAAAGGAAGAAAGGAAUGACUGCUGUAUACAGGGCUGCAAACAAUUGAAAAUUGACAUUUAAAAGAUGGAGGGAAACGAAGAUUUGCAAAAUUACUUCCGAGAAUGUGGCACCAGAGAGUGUGGACAACAUCAGUGAAAUUACCUACCUGCAUGUAUAGUCUGAAAGACUCGAUUUGUUCACGUCGAAGAUACUGAAGGAGACCUAAUGAUGCUAGGUGUUCUUUCAGUACACUUUGUUUAAAGAUGAGUAAAAUGACUUGCUAGUUGCAAACUGUUAUCAGAAAUAUAAAAACGGUUGCUUGUUUAUUCAA